GUUACCAGGUGGGCAGGACCGUAACGUUACAGUAAAGACCAUUCCCAGUGAAGACCAGCGGUGGGAGUGUAACGUUACAGUAGCUAGCUAACUAUUCCCAGUAAAGACCAGCGGUGGGAGUGUAACGUUACAGUAGCUAGCUAGCUAACUAUUCCCAGUAAGGACCAGAGGAGGGAGUGGAGUGCUGCUCAGUGCGGACUGGACCAGAGGAGGAAAGAGUCACCCAGUAGCUCAAGUUAGCUGGCUAACUUGCUGCUAGCUAAUCUAAAGCUUAAAAUGUUUACUUUCCGCGCUUUGCAAACUCAACGGGAUGGUUGCAAAGCCGAAGGGUUGUGCCAUGACAUUUGUUGUUGAUGUUUCCGAGCCUUGAGUUAUGCUCUCACGAAAGAAAAGUAAAAACGAAGCGUCGAAACCAGCCGAGGUACACGGGAAAUAUGUGAAGAAGGAAACGUCGCCGCUCCUGAGAAAUCUUAUGCCUUCAUUCAUCCGUCAUGGACCCACUAUUCCCAGACGCACAGAGGUCCCUCUGCCAGAUAUGGGGCCCUCUGCCUACCCUGUGGCACCCACCCGGGAGCCAGUGGUGUCCCGCAACAAGAGCUUUCUCCGUGCCCCUGUGCAGAGGCCUCCUCAUGAGGUGGCCCGCAGAGAGAGCCACCGCAUGUCAGCACCUCCAUACCUGCCUCGCAGCCAGGGAGACCUGUCUCACGAGUACGGAGGAUCCUCACAGUCUUUCCUCACAGACGUGAGCCCCAUGUCUGAGAAUGGAGAUGCUGCCCGGUAUUACUACCCUUCUGAACCUUAUUAUGACAACCAGCAGCACCAACAGCAGCAGCAGCAUCAGCAACGCCAGCCCAGGAGGGUCCCGGACCGCUUUCCUGAGGACUAUAGAUACUAUGAUCACAAUGAACACAACUUCCAAAGACUUCCACAACAACACACUCCUCCAGCUCAAAGCAGACCUCCUUCAGGCAUAGGUCGAAUACAGGCCAAGUCCCUUGGGAACCUCUCCGGUCUCGGAGAGGACCUCCCCCUUCCGGGCGGCUGGACCGUUGACUGGACCAUCCGUGGCAGGAAGUACUACAUUGACCACAACACGAACACUACACACUGGAGCCACCCUCUGGAGAGGGAAGGGCUCCCUCCAGGCUGGGAAAAGGUGGAGUCAGCUGAGUUUGGGGUCUACUAUGUGGAUCACAUCAACAAGAGGGCACAGUAUCGACACCCCUGUGCUCCGAGUGUGCCUCGCUAUGAUCAGCCUCCACCAUUACCGCCUCCUGUGACCUAUCAGCCACGCCCUGCAGAGAGGAACCAGCCGGUGCUGGUGCCAGCUAACCCGUACCACACAGCAGAGAUCCCAGACUGGCUGCAGGUGUACGCCCGUGCCCCACUCAAGUAUGACCACAUCUUGAAGUGGGAGUUGUUCCAGCUGGCAGACUUGGACACGUAUCAGGGAAUGCUGAAGCUGCUCUUCAUGAAGGAGCUGGAACACAUCGUCAAAUCCUACGAGGCGUACCGACAGGCGCUGCUGUCUGAGGUGGAGGCUCGCAAACAGCGGCAGCAGUGGUACGCCCAGCAGCCCAACAAGAACUUCAUUGGGAACGUGUGAUGUGUAUGCGCCGCGGGGACGUCUCGCUGCCACACCUCUCUGAGGUUUCCACAGUUUGGGAGCGGUCAGGGUUUCUUUUGAAAUCAUGAUUGACUCUUAAUUGCCUCUUUACCAAACACAUCUGUGCCUUCGCUUGAUCCAAAUAUAACAGCCAGGAAGUCAAGACACGCAUUGGCUGGGGCCCCCGUCCCCUCCAUGUGACACUCAAGUUAUGAAUGAAAAAAAAAAAAAAAAACGCUCCAAUGAAGAAGCAGAACCUAUAAUGUGCUACAUCUGGGGAGACUGCUUGUGGUGCCAUUUCCAGCCUCUGCCCUGACAAUGGAAUUGCUGUAUGGAUUUCUGUUUUUAAGACUGAGGCAAACAGAGUCUGGAAAAACUACGGAUAUUUGUUCAAAAACAUGAGAUUGUGCCUUUUUAUUAAAAUAAAACGCAGCAAUUUUUAUACACCAGCUACUCUGUCAUUUUUGUCUGUGGGACAAAAUGACAGGCAGCUUCUUCUAAUUUGUUUCUCUAUGAAAUACUUCAUAACUAUUUUUUUUUUCCUUUUGCUGUGAUACCCUCAUAAACUAAAACCACACUUUUUUUACAUAAAACAAAAAGUGUGCAUCUCUUUCUUUUUUUUCAAUGACAUAUCCUUUAUAAGACAAUCCACCAAAACUUUCACAGAUAUUUAAGUUUUGAUAUGAAACACGUCUUUAUUUAAAGACCUUUUGUUGAAUGAAAGCAUCACAUUUUGAUGCAGUGGUUUGAGCAUCUCUUGGCUCUUGGCGUUACUGUAAGUCAGGAAUAUUCUCGUGUGUGUAUAAUGAAACAAAUAAGCUACUGGAACUAUAUAAAACACUUCAGAAGACACAUUAAGUUUGCCAAACAAGUACAUUUCAACGUGUCCUUGUUUCAUUCUUUCUGGAUAUUUCUUGCCUCGGUAAUGCCUUAUUGUUAUGGACUGACACGUCUCUUCUGCGGAAGAGGUGCAGAUUCUUGGAGGCAUAUUCUAUUGAUCACUAAUCAAUCAGCUUAAGCCAUUUUAGGAUACUCAGAAAUGUUUUGUGCUGGAAGUUUUGUCUUGUAAAGACAGGUGCUAGCUUCCAAUCAAUUGUCUCACUAAGGUGAAAAAGACAUGCUUUAUGACAUACUUUAAAAAUGUCCAACGAAAACUAUUCUCACAGUCAAAUAAAGGAAAGUGUUUAACAGGAAGUGUUUAUGAGAGUGGUGAUGCAUUCAACAUUUCUGAAUGUCCAAAAAGGGUUUCUGAUUAGGUAACAGUGGAAUAGGUGUGUAAAUAACCUUCUCUUCAAUGAGUCCUUUACUAUGCAAGAAGGUCUCAAUCACAUCUUUUAAGAAUGGUGUUUGUACAUAUCUGAUUUUGUGGAUUGCAAAUACAGGACAUACGUAAUAAAGUCUGCAGUGAAGAAAAAAUACA